UUCAGUUAAUGCGAGGACUUCUGAAGAAUGAAAAGGGCCUCUUGCGCAAUCUGCUUCUCACAAACAUCAAGGAAUUCAACCACCGGCCAAUUGAUGGUGCGGUUCCAAGCUUGGAUGCGCUAGUGGUUAUAAUUGAUCAAAACAUGGCCGCCCGCAAGCAGUUGAAAGCGGAGGCAGAAAUCCUUCGGAGUUACGACACUAGCAUGACUACCCGCCUCGGUUUUUUGCGACUCUACACUGUUGUACACCAUGUUCAUCGAGACCCUACAGAGAAUAUAUCGCAGUGGGAGUUGAUUGACCAACAGCUGGAGCAUGUAAGGAGUCAAAGCGAACUCUAUCGUAUUGCCUAUGGUCGUGUGGUCCGCGCGAUUGAUAAAGAGCUUUUUGGCCAGAAAAAGAAAUUCGAUGUGAUAUUAGAACAUGAGCAUAUCAGGCUUCCAACCGAGGAGGAUGUUGAAAAAGAAAUCCACCUGAUGACUGUUGGUGGGCAAGGUCAAGGACCGACCGAGCCCUUUGUCUGAUUUUCUGGAGCAGAGCUUGACAAAUAGUGCAUUGUGUUGCUUUUCCUUAUCAUGCUCACAAAAAUUU